AUGACGGAGACAGGAAAUCUCCGAAAUGAGGAUUUCCGAAAAUUACUGAAUGCACCCAAGAAGCCGAUCGCUGAAACAGCUGCUUCUGGUGAGAGUUCUCAUUCUUUCACCCACCGACAUCAAGCGAAGCCUGAUAAGAAGAAAGGAGGAGGCGGUCACAAACACAAAAAGGAGAAAAGCGAAUACAACGAGGAUGAGGCUAACCUGAAGGAAAUCCUCAAGAACUAUCGGGACCGAGCACUCGAGCGUCGUUUGAAAGGCAACGAUGACAAUGAUGAAAUCGUCAAGUUAGCAGCAGCAUACCGGGCUUUACCAGGAGAUGCACGUGCGAUCACGGACAAAGCUAAUCUGAGAAGACAAGCCAUUGAGGAAUCCAAAUAUCUCGGAGGAGAUAUGGAACACACUCACUUGGUAAAAGGUCUUGAUUAUUCGCUGCUCAACAAGGUUCGAAGUGAAAUAAAUAAGUCACAAGCGGAAGUGGAAGCUGUUGAUGAGUUGGAUCUUGCUUAUGACCAAAAAGGUGUGGACGUAGUGGAAAAGAUGUCGGACAACAAAAUGGUCCGAGCUAUGCAUAGAAUUCUGUUCAAGAAUGAGCUACCCUUGCGGAAUGAAUUAUUCGGCAAAGGGAGGAUGGCUUAUGUGGUUGAUAUGGAAGAUGACGAGAGUGAAAUACCCACCACAUUACUUAGAUCUUUAUACGAUUGUCCGAAGGCAGAGUCGAAUGCAAAUAUCAACGCUAACAAUAUGUUGAUUUCAAAGCUUACUCAGGUUCUCUCUUAUCUCCGUUCCGAUCACAAGAAGAAGAAGAAGAUAGACAUGACUGAAGAAGAAGCUAAAAAGUAUCAAUCUCAAAGUAUAUAUGACAACGAAACUGAAUAUGCACCUAAGAGAGAUAAGGACCGGGACCGGAAGGAUAAAGAUAGGGAUCAAAGAAGAGACAGAAAUUACUUUGAUUCGAGAGACGAUCGAUACAAGCGAGAUGAUCGGGAUAGAAGAGACAGAGAACGUGAUAGGCGCGGCGGACGUGAUUUUGAACGUCGAGAUCGUGACCGUGACAGAGAACGAGAUCGCGAACGGGACCGCGACAGAGACCGUGAACGAGAUCGGGAGCGGAAAGAACGAGAAGAGCGCGACAAGGAGAAGCGCUUAGAAGAGAAAAUGGAGAAGAGAAGAAAGGAAGCUGAAGGAGGAGGGUAUGACGAGUGCUAUCCCGGAGGGAUGGCUGAGAUGGGUGGAGGUUGGGAUUCUGACGAAGAAGACCUAACAAUGAUGGACAUGGGAUCAAAGAAGUCCACUAUCAAGCGGUGGGAGUUCGAUAAUGACGAUGAUUACGAGAAGUUUCAGGGAUCUCGAGAAGCAAUGCCAAAGGCUGCAUAUCAAUAUGGCGUAAAGACAGGCGAUGGCAGAAAGACGAGAAAGAGUGUAGAUGUCAACAAAAAGAUUGAUAAGGAAUUGAAUCAAAUCACGAAGUUGAUUGAGAAACGUAAAAGUGGGCUGGAGGAAGACAGAGACUACAAGCGUCCUAAAUACUGA